AUGUCAACAACAACUAAACCUGCUACAACCGUUGCUGCUCCAAAGACAGCUGCUGCCCCCAAGAGGGAUGGUCAGCAGUCAUCUGCUGCUGGUGGUGCGCCAAGAAAAGAUAACAGAAGAUCGAAUGGCGCCAACACUACUUCAACUACCACCACCUCCACUACUGGCAAGGACCAGACAGGCGAGAAGAAGGUCUACCCAGUGGACCCAAUCAUGGAGGCCCACAGAAAGAAGAUUGACGAUGCCAUCGAGAUGCAGAACAAACUGGUCGACAAGCGCGCUCAGCUCACCGAAAAGAUGAGAGCCAAUCGUGCAAUCAUCGAGAGCCUCACCAAGGACACUGAGGGUCGUACCGACGACACAAAGUCACAGAAGGAUAGAAAGGACCUACUAAAGAAGAAGGCAGAGGAGGAGCGUGCAGAGUUGAGCAACCUCAUCGAGCAGCAGAGAUCACGCAGAGACACCACCGACGCUCUCGUCAAGGACCUCCCAAUCCGCAUCAAUAAGAAGGACGAGAACAUGACACUGGAGCAGGCAAUGAUCAUGAUGGAGAAGACCGCACAGGACAUUGAGAAGGAGAUCGAGGCCGAGACCAACGUCAACGCCCAAAAGUCCCUCAUCAAGAAGCAAACCCAACUCUCCUCCCAGAAGAAGCAGCUCAUCGAGUUCUUUACUCAGCGUGAGAGUCUCUCCAACUUUGAUACUUUAAUCGUCGCCCAGAAGAGCAAGAUCGCCGAGACCAAGAAGGAGUUGGAUCAGGUGAUUGCCAAACUCAACGAGAACCACAACCUUAAGACUAAUUCACCAAGUGCCGAGCAGAGAACCAAACUGCGUGAGGAGAACAACACCCUCAAGAAGGAGCACGACGAAGUCCACGACAAGAUCCAAGCCAUCAGUGCCCAGAUCAAGGCGGACAAGAAGGCCAAGGACGACUACCACAAGGAAAGAGAGGUUCAGAGAGCCGAGGAGAAGAAGAAGAGGGACGAGGAGUGGAUCGCCGAGAAGAAGAGAAGAGAUGAGGAGUGGGCUGCAGAGAAGAAGAGAAGAGAGGAAGCACAAAAAGAGAGAGAAGAGAAGAGACGCCUGGAAGAGUUGUCACAAGACCCAUAUGAGAAUGAUGUUGCUGAUUGUGAGGCAUUGGUUGCCUACUUGAACGCUAUUAAGCCAAAGCCUGUUGUUGAGAAGGUUGCCACUGCCCAAGCUGUCAUUGACAUUGAGGGAUACGCACCACUAGCAAAGAAGGAGGACAAGCGUGCCAGCCGUCUCGAGAAGAAGAAGGUCGUGGCUCCAAAGCCAUUGCCAGAGAUCAUCAAGCAUCCACUCAAGGUCAUCACCGACUUUGAGAGACUCAGCCUCGCACUCCCCAACAAAUACGUUGACAUUGACCAAUCGAUCGUCCAAAUCAACGCCAAGAAGGAGCACUACAAGCAGUUGUCCAAGCAGGUCAUGGAAUCGAGACUCAAGGCCCAACAGGACGCCAUCGCAGCCGCCGCCAACGCCGCCACCUCCUCAACCUCCUCUACCUCUGAGGAGACUACUACCACCUCGACCAGCAGCACCGCCACCACCUCUGAACAAUCAGAGACUACUACCACUGCCGCAGUUGAGGAGGUGCAAGGAUAA